AUGGCGGACGAGGCGGCCCUGCGCAAUCUGCGGGGACGCGCCCGAGCGCCUCAUCCGCGCGACGCCGUCGGUUCUGGUUCCAUCUGGUUCGGCGGUAACGUCUCGCGCUACUAUGACUCGCUCCUCGCCGGUGAGAAGAGGAAGCUGCGGCCGCAGCAGAUCGAGACGCUCGCCGUGCAUCGCUGGCUCGGCGCCAGGCGCUCCACCACGGAGCACUACAAGCUGGUGCACUCGGCGCUGGCUCGGCUUCCGCGCGCCGCGCGGGUCAUGGACGCGGGCUGCGGGGUGGGCGGCGCCAUGCUGUGGCUCGAGCAGCGGGAGCCGGCGUGGCAGCUCGUGGGGCACACCGUCUCCGAGGAGCAGCACGGGUGGGCCGAGCGCGUGUGCAAGCAGAAGGUGCCGCCCUGCCGCUUCACCGUUCAGCUUCGCAGCUACGACGCGCCGAUGGGCAGCUUCAACGCGAUCUACUCGAUCGAGGCGCUGAUACACUCGCCAGACGUGGGAGCCACCCUGCAGGCGUGGUCGCGCCACCUCGAGCCCGGCGGCGCCGUCGCCGUCAUCGACGACUUCCUGGCCGAUCAUCCGCCGCCGACCGUCCUGCGGGAGCCGGAGAUCGCGCGAGCUCUGGCCGCCUUCCGAUCGGGCUGGCUCGCAGUCGGGCUGUGCUCGCCGGCGCGGCUCGCCGCUGCCGCCGCUGCCGCGGGGCUGCGGCUCGUGGAGAACCGCAACAUCGGCGAGGAGUACCAGGUCGUCGCGAGGAACUACCGCUCCCUCGCGCCGAAGCUGCCCAACGAAAGCGAGUGGAAGAGUCACCAGGGAUGGUUCGGCUCCAUCGCGCGAAGAAUCUUGACGGUGCGCGGCGUGGUGGAGUAUCGGCUGCUCGUCCUUGCCAAGGUCGGUGCAGUGCCACUGCCGUCUCGGCGCCGGCUCGGCCAGAUCGAAUCGCGGCACAUGAGCGGUGUCGGUCGCAGCGGCGGCAGCAGGAUGGCCUGCAUCUCGCCAUGGUACUGCUGCGGGCAGGGCGUGAAGUUGUGGGACGAGAUGAACGCCACUCGGACCGACUCGCUGUCCUUUCUGCGCCUGCCGCGGGCCAUUUUUGGCAACUACAUGGAGAAUACGAUGAUCGAUGACGGGUAA